AUGGAGGGCGUCCAGACUGUAGAUGUGAGCUGGCUUCACCAUUCGCAGAAAGAUCACCUUCAGCGCACCAAAUCCUCGUCUUCUACUAACGAAAAAUCUGGCGAGAAAGAAAAUGUGACUACUUUAUCGAAAUCAUAUAGGAGAUCUCGUUCGAAUAGCAACCCAGCUCGUCCGCCGUCAAGUACCCAGGAACAGAAAAAUGAUCCUUCAAAUGAUCUAUGCCCGGUAGAAGAGAAGGCAGAGCAGAGUGAGGUUAAGGUCACGGAGCAGAAACCCCAAGCAACCUCGACCACCCCAUCGCCGGCAACACCGCGGAGCGUACCAAAACCUGCUGGUGGGCGGAGAAAUUCCUGGAUCUCGAGUCUUAGCUCCAAGUUCUCGUCUGGCUCGACGCCUCCCUCCCAGUCCAGUCUAAAAGCAGGCCCGGCAAGUCCAAAAACGACCUCUCCUCUCGAUGCUCACAACCCUUUCGGCGCCGCAUACUCUCCGAAGGAUAAGGAAGAGGAAAAGAAGGACGAGAAUAGUCCGUUCACUUCUUCUUCACCUAAGAGCCCUUCAUUUAUCCACAAUGCCUUGCGCAAGUUCUCCUCGAGCUCGGGCGGACUGCCUAAGCUCCCUUCCAAUGGAGCGAUAUGUCCUCGUCGCGUGAUGAACCUCGAUCCAAGUCGAGACCGAUGCAAGAUCGCGGAGCUCAAUCAGGCGAAGCUUCAUCGCGUUGCAUUUUGCGUGGAUGUCGAGAUCGCCGGUGUUUCUCAUCGUGACACCGACGAGGAUGCGCCCCCCACCUGCCAGCUCCGACAGCCUCUCCCUGAGUCUAAUCGUUCCAAGUCGAAGAAGGCGGAAGCGCGGGCGGAAGUGAAGGCAGAUUCUAAAGCGGUCGCUCAGUGUAAAGAGAAUGAAGAGGCUGAAGUGCUGAAGAAUUCUCAAGCUGCAGUGGUUGAGAAGGAGUCUCCGGCUCUGGCACCCGCCUCAACACCUAACCCUGCAACUACGCCUGCAUCUGUCCAAAAUGAUACAACUGCCAAAGAUGCACAGUCUACUCCCACUCCGAUUCCUGCGUCUGCUUCUGCUGACAUCAACCCUGUCGAGUCCAGGCCUAAUGGCGAGACAAAAGACUCGAGUAGAAAGGUCGAGAAGAAGAAGCGCUCAGAGGAAGAGAGAAAGGAGCGCAAGGAGCGCAAGCGGAGACAGGCUGUGGCAAACGGCUCGAUUCCCCUGCAGUUGGAUGCCGAAAACGAUGAUGAUGAGCCUAUCGCGCCUACGGCUGGUGCUCCACGCUCCAAGACACAAGGUCAUCCCACUACGGAUCCGGUCCGAAUCUAUCGUCGGUGCUGUCAGCUGCGCGAAACGCCAGUGCUAAAAAGAAUUGUGGAUGAGAUUUCUUCGCCAUCUUCUACACUGGCCGAGUCCCCCGGCACUGUGGCUGCUUUGGACCUUAGCAACUUCCCCAUGACUUCACAGGAUAUCGCAACCUUCAGCGACUGGCUCGCUGUCGUGCCCGUUCGAAAACUCAUUCUUGAGAAUUGUGCUCUUGCAGACGACUCUGUGCGCGCAAUUCUUGCCGCUCUCCUCUCAACAAAGACCGUUGAGCAGAUGCGUUACAGGCGGCGCCGAAAUCACAGAGCGAAUUCUUUAGAUAUGAAGGAAGAGAGAUGGGGUGUUAUCGAAAAGCUUUCCCUCAAAGAUAACCCCCAAAUUGGUCCACAAGGAUGGCGUCAUAUUGGUCUCUUCGUCCACUUGUCCAGGUCCUUGAAAGCUAUUGACCUGUCGGGCAUUCCACUCCCAAAGUGCAGGGCUCCAUCUGAUGGUUCCGCCGAAUGGAACAAGCCGCAGCCGCACAAUAUUUGCAACAUUUUUUCGAAUGCGCUAGCUGAGCGUUUUGCCGGUGAUCACCUUGAAGAACUCCUCUUAAGCGAGUGCAAGCCUUCAGUUGAUCAAGUGAAGAGCAUUUGCCAGGCCUCGGCCAAAAUGGGACUGCGCAGAUUGGGUUUUGCAAAUAACAGUCUGACCAGGGAGGGCCUUGAGCACGUGGUGGAGUACUUCAAGGCCGGCUCAUGUGAGGGCUUGGAUCUGGGAGGAAAUCCCAUCAAGGAUGACCUUGAUCUUCUCACUAAUGCCAUUGAACCCGAGCAACCAUUUUACGCACUCAGUUUGGCCGAUUGCGAUUUGAAUCCCACGGUCAUUUGUCGAUUGCUCCAAGCCCUGACCCGACUCCACAACCUACGUUUCAUUGACUUGUCUCACAACCCCGAGCUGUUCUCGGUUCAGCCCAACGCGCUCGGUGCAUUCCGACGCUUCUUGCCUAAGAUGCCAUCUCUCAAGCGCAUUCACCUUGCCGAUGUUGACUUGUCGCCGGAUCACGUCAUUGGAUUGGCUGAGAUUCUACCAGAAUGUCCUAGUCUGUGUCAUCUGAGCAUACUCGAGAACCCUCAGAUCGUCCGCUUGGCAUCUGCCCUUAAUCCGAUCGUCCAGGAAGAGGCCUGUGCUGUCUACGCUUCCAUGAUGGCCGCCGUUCGAGUCUCGAAGACUAUCAUUGCAGUCGAUAUCGAAGUUCCUACUGCGGAGAACAACGAAGUUGUGAAGGCUUUGGCAUCUCAAAUUGUUGCAUACUCGCUUCGGAAUCUAGAGGGCGGUGCCAUUGCGGAAGAGCUUUCUGAGACCGGCGUGUCUCUUGGAGCAAGAGAGGUUCCAGUACCAGAUAUUUUGCAACAUAUCGUUGGAAUUCACGGUACCGCCGAGGAGCCUUAUGGCGAAGAGGACGAUGAGCCAGCUCCAGAUGAGGAUUAUGUCAUUGGCGGGACAGGUGUGGUCAAGGCACUGGGUGUCUGCCUAGGAAACCUGGAUCAUCACCAUGCGGCGCUCGAUGCUCUUGGUGACCACUCUGCGCCUCCUAGCGGUACCACAACUCCCAGACGUCGGAAGUCCCGUAGCAUUGCUACUAAACGUCCUCGCGACAUGUCAAAGAAUCUGCUCGAGUCAGCACGCAACAUCCGUGUGCGGAUUCAAUCAGCGCUCAUUCGCGAAGACAAAGCGGGCAAUGACGCGAACUACCGUCGCCUCCAGUUCCUGGAUUAUACCUUGGCUAAGAUGAUUCAACGUUUCGAGGACGAGUACCCCGAGACUCGCCUACCUCAAUCUGCUCCUGCAGCUGUCGCCCCCGACUCGAGCUCACAGAACUCCGCCGAGGAUGCGAACGGGACGAAUACUACCGGUAAUUUGCACAGCAGUCUGGUUGAUGAGAACGCCAUUGACGACGAAGAAAUCGACAAUUACGAGAUUCAUCUUUCCCGAACCAGUUCGAUGACAUCCCUGCAUGCUCGGGCGAUGACGUCUGAAGAAGGUCACGUCCAUCGUCUGGGCCAGAACUUGCGCCGGGACUUCCUCAAUCCACCUGAGGGCGAGGUAGUGGGUGAUGAAGACGACGACUCUCAUGUGAAAGCCCUGCGCGAGAAGCUCGAGCGUCUGCACGAAGAGCAGUCUGAGUCGCCAUUCGAUAGUGAUCGGGCAGAGCAAGCGUUUGAGAUGCUUGGACAGAAUGUGGACGAGCUCUGGGCCGCCCAACGCCAAGAUGCUGAAGGAUUCGAACGAUUCAAGCAGUCCCAGAUUGCAGCCCAGAUUAAUAGUGGACUACGCCCAGCCAAUGGCUCCAAGACGGAUGUCACCACCAAGAGCAAGUUGCCCCGGUCUUAG